AUGACUAUGCAUGGGGAUGGUGGCCGUACCCAGAAAAAGCAACCACUUGAAAUAUUUUCUCUGCAGCCCGUCUUGGGUCUGGACACUGCUUCUCACAGGAUGGGCAUGUGCCGCUGUGAGACCUCAGCUGCUUAUGGUGGUGGCGACUGGUGUGACCCAGCUUCACAACAUCUCAACAGCAAGCAUUCGACGUAUCUGACACACUUUUUGGUGUUUGCAUUUCCAUCCAAGGCCUACUUAGAGUUUCCGAACAUCUUGACUGGGUUACUGAAAGAAGUCAUGGACAACUUUGCAUCUGCGUGUGAGAAAGGGAUUGUCACUCAAUCUGGGGAUACGUGGUACCCAGCUUGUGUUGGUUUCAAACUUGAUAUGGAAUGGAUGGUGAAGGUGGGUUCGCUGACAAGAUCCUAUCAAAAUGUUGGGCAUGUGAACCAGAAACCUUGCUGCCAUGAGUGUGAUGCGGGAAAACAACUCAUCCCAUUUGAAGACGUGACUGAUUGCGCAUGCUGGAUACGGACAAGAUGGGCAACUGUGCCAUGGCAAACCAUGCCUCCUUGGGCAUCUAUUCCGUUUGAUUCUGGCAAACCCGCCAAGAUUUUGAGGCGGGAUGCUUUCCAUGUGUUUCGAUUGGGAAUCUGCCGCAACUUUAUUGGCAGCACUGUGCACCUUUUGAUCUACAUGGGUUGUUUCAAUGAGGCUGGUGACAAUGGACAAGCUGCUUGCUUGGCCCGUGCUUUUGCGAAUCUCAAUCUUUUCUGUUCUGCAAACAACAUGAAGAUCUACAGCAUCCGUGGCUUCACAGUGGCCAACAUGCAUGCUGCGCGCAACGCGUUCCCUUGGUUGGGGUGCAAGGGGGCUGACUCGAUUACAAUUUUGAAGUGGAUUCGAUUUUAUGCAGGCUUGCAGCUUCAGCAAAAUGGUUGGUCACUCACAGAAAAAAAGGUUUUGGAGUGGAUGGGAUCCAUGGACACGGGAUCUGGAUGGGGCCAUCUUGUGUGUCCCAUUGCCGUAGUGCUGUUCAAAGGUUUGGAAACAGCUAUGCAUACCUCGCUGAUUAUUGUUUGA